CUUGGAUCAUGUGAACGUUUUACCAAAAAUUACUGGAUUUUUUUCUAGAAUUCACUCCGUCAAAAGACUGUGUAUUGCUGCUGGACUGAUUUAUAUGAGUAAACAUUAUCCGUUCUCAAGUACGUAAUCGUUCACACCCACAUAUUUUCUAAUGACUACAGUUCUUGCUUCAUCUGGGCAGGGACCAGAUCGUCAGGUAGAAGUGCAGUACUCGGAUGCUAAGAUAGUUGGUAGCGGUUCCUUUGGUGUUGUCUAUUUAGCUGAGCUGGUCGACACAGGAGAACAAAUAGCAAUCAAGAAGGUACUCCAGGAUAAGCGAUUCAAGAAUCGCGAGUUACAAAUAAUGAGAAAGUUAAAUCAUAAGAAUGUUGUACAGCUCAAGUACUUUUUUUAUUCUAACGGUGAAAAGAAGGAUGAACUAUAUUUGAAUCUGAUUUUAGAAUUCGUACCAGAGACAGUUUAUCGUGUUGCCAGACAUUAUACCAAGUUACGACAAGCGGUACCCAUCAUAUAUGUCAAAUUAUACAUGUUCCAACUGUUUCGAGCUUUGGCAUAUAUCCAUCAGCUUGGAAUUUGCCACAGAGAUAUCAAGCCACAGAAUUUGCUGAUCGAUACUAAAACUGCAGUUCUUAAACUUUGUGAUUUCGGUUCAGCUAAAUAUCUUAUUCGAGACGAGCCGAAUGUUUCCUAUAUUUGUUCUCGCUAUUAUCGUGCUCCAGAACUUAUUUUCGGUGCUACCAACUAUACGAGCAGUAUCGAUAUGUGGUCAGCAGGGACGGUUUUAGCAGAACUUUUGUUGGGCCAGCCGAUAUUUCCCGGUGAUUCUGGUGUUGAUCAGCUCGUAGAAAUCAUCAAAGUUCUUGGCACUCCAUCAAAAGCACAUAUUCAUGAGAUGAACCCUGAUUAUAAGGAACGCACCUUCCCUUCUAUCAAACCACGUCCGUGGAUACGUGUUUUCCGUUCAAAUACAAAUCUGGAAGCAGUCGAUCUUGUAUCACUUGUACUUAUUUAUUCACCACAUCAACGACCCAGCCCGUUAGAGGCUUGCGCACAUUCAUUUUUCGAUGUGUUGCGCAAUCCGGGAACAAAGUUGCCCAAUGGACGUAAUAUUCCGUCAUGUAUAGAUUUUACUUCUGAAGAAUUGUGCUGUGAUUCCGCAAUGGCAUCAUUGCUCUGUGGUGCUCAGGUAAAGAAAAUGGACUUUGUGGACAAUGAAGAAACGAUAAAUUGUAGUAACGUAAAUGCUGUGAACAGCUGAGUAAGGGAAGAUUGACUUCUGGCUUUGGGAGCUGUCGAAUGGUUGUGUUUUCGCAUGCAAGCAAAAUUUCUAUUAUCUUUCCAUUUGCGUUUUUGUAGAACAGCCACAUUGUUUUGUUGCGUUAGUUUUAUAUUUCUAGAAAUAUGCAAAUUAAUAGGAUAGUUUUCAUUUUUUCAUUUAGAAAUGCUCGUAAUUUGAGUCAAAUAUACAUUUCCACUUUUGUAGGAUGUUUAUGUUCACUUCAUUUCGUCUGGAAAAUUUUCAUUGCUACUGAAGUAAAGGUAUCUUAAUUCCAUAACGUCAUGCGGAAAUGGAUCAUAUCGAUCCCAA